AUGUCGUUUGGUCAGCCCGUGCAAAGUGGCGGGUAUUUAAACCCAAAUAAUGAUUAUACCAUAGGAGAAACUAUUAAUGACGGUAUUCAAGAUCUGGCCUGGAGCCCUACAAGCAAUGUGCUGGUAUCUGGUAGCUGGGACAAUUACGUUCGCUGCUGGGAGGUACAGCAACAAGGCACGCAUUUCAAUGCAAUUGCCAAAGCGCAAAUUACGCACGAGGGGCCGGUACUUUGCACGGCAUUUAGUGGAGAUGGUAGCGCUGUGUUUUCUGGUUCGUGCGACAAGACGGCUAAGAUGUGGGUGCUAAAUGGACCAAUGCAGGGCCAGCAGAUUGCUGCCCACGACGCACCGGUCCGCAGCAUUGCUGCUAUUCAGGAGGCCAACUGCGUGGCCACUGGCAGUUGGGAUAAGACGUUAAAGUACUGGGACACUAGAUCACCGACCGCUAUGGCAUCUGUGCAGCUUUCAGAACGCUGCUACGCUAUGGACGCCAAGCAUCCAUUGCUCGUAGUGGCUACAGCCGACCGACAAAUUCACGUUUUUGAUAUUCGCAAGCCUUCGCAAAUCUACAAGUCUAUUCAGUCUAAUCUCAAAUUUCAGACGCGGACAAUUGCGUGCUUUCCAGACGCUUCAGGUUUUGCGAUUGGAUCGAUCGAGGGACGCUGUGCUAUCCAACACGUUGAGGACAAGGACAAAAGGAAUGACUUUGCGUUUAAGUGCCAUCGCGACGGAUCGGAUAUAUACCCUGUGAGCAAUAUUGCCUUUCACCCGUUCGGCACUUUUGCCACAACUGGCGGCGAUGGCACGUUCUGUUUCUGGGACAAGGACGCUCGUCAAAAGCUAAAAGCUUUCAACAAAUGCAACCAGUCAAUCACGGCCGGCAAAUUUAAUGCGCCCGGAGACAUCUUCGCGUACGCAUUGUCGUAUGACUGGUCCAUGGGUGCCGAGAAAUAUAACCCAAGUCAUCCGAGCGUCAUCCGACUGCACAGUGUGGCCGAGGCUGAAAUUAAGCAGAAAAAAAAGUCAGCCGCUAGAUAA